AUGGUCCGCAACAUUGUCCUUCUCGGCGGCAACUCCCACCCCGAACUCACCGACAACAUCGGCAACAUUCUAUGCAUCCCCCCCGGCGAUCGCAUCCUCAGCAAGUUCUCCGGCGGUGAGAGCCGCUGCGAGAUCAAGGACUCUGUCCGCGGCAAAGAUGUCUACAUUGUCCAGUCCGGCUCCGGCCACGUCAACGACCACCUCAUCGAUCUCUGCAUCAUGAUCUCGGCCUGCAAGACGGGUUCUGCCAAGCGUGUCACUGCCGUCAUACCCCUCUUCCCCUACUCUCGCCAGCCCGACUGGCCUUACAACAAGGCCGGCGCACCGCUGUCCCGCUCAGUCGAGGCCAACGGCGGCGCGAAGCACGACUACACAUUUGAGAGCGUACCUGCCACGCCCCGGCCUGGCGGGCCUAAAAGUAGCGGCCUCGGCAACGGUAACGGCGUUAAUGGGCUUGCCGAGAGGCUCGCCAAGAACAGCAUCUCGCAAGACAAACCUGAUGGCGCCGUUGAUCACAUCACCCCCGCCAAGCGCGCCGACAACCCCGCCAGCCUGACGUCGCACGCCCGCGGACACACCGCUGAGGGCUCCAUCUCUUCCCAGCGCAGCUUCACCACCCACGACUACGAGAAGCCCACCAAUGUCAGCGCCUUCCAUGCCAAGCCCGGCUACAAGCAGUGGGUGGCCCAGGCCGGCACCCUCGUUGCCGACCUGCUCACCUGCGCUGGCGCCGACCACAUCAUCACCAUGGAUCUACACGACCCCCAGUACCAGGGCUUCUUCGACAUCCCCGUUGACAACCUCUACGGCAAGCCUCUCCUGCAAAACUACAUCCGCCACCACAUCCCCGGCUAUAAGGACGCCGUCGUUGUCUCCCCGGAUGCCGGCGGCGCCAAGCGUGCCACCGCCAUUGCCGAUAGUCUAAAUAUGGACUUUGCCCUCAUCCACAAGGAACGCCGGCCGAUCAAGUUCACCGAACAGCGCAACGCCAGCAUGAUGCUCGUCGGUGACGUCGCCAACCGCAUCUGCAUCCUGGUUGACGACCUCGGCGACACAGCCAACACCAUCACGCGAGCCGCCAAGCUGCUCAAGCGCGAGGGCGCCGUCAAAGUAUACGCCCUCCUGACCCACGGCGUUUUCAGCGGCGAUGCCAUCGCCCGCAUCAACGCCUCGGCUAUCGACAAGAUACUCGUCACCAACUCGGUGCCCCAGACCGAGCACUGCCGCCUCUGCCCCAAGCUCGAGGUGAUUGACAUCAGCGCCGUCUUUGCCGAAGCCAUCCGCCGCGUCCACCACGGCGAGUCCAUCAGCGUACUGUUUCAGCACGACUAA